CGUUAGUGAUGUCGAGGUGAUGUUUUGAGCAUGAUGGUGGUGAAUUUGGCGGGAUUACCUCGAAAAAAGGAUGACUGAGCCAGCCGACGACCUGCACCUCCGUCACAAGCCGAGCAAACAGGAUAACUCCUUGGAACACGAUGAGGAGAAUAAAAAUUACAAAAAAUCCACACUGCUUCAUUGGAGGGAUAUGCCCGAGCACUUACAGUUUAAUCCCCACAUCCUGACUGGGUACAGACCCCUAACUAACGCAUGGGGGUGCGUGAACAGCAUGUGGUAUCUGCAUAAUGAGACGAUUAACAUUGUGACUCAUGCGUUUCCCAUACUUUAUAUUCUACUGACUGUGCCUCAAAUACUUCCGUGGUCUCAGGCGGAUCUCCGCUUCCUUGCGUGGUGUCACAUCGCUGGCAUUCUGUGUCCAUGGAUAGGGAGCUUUAUAUACCAUUUAUUCAUGAACUUGCAUCAAGGACCUAAAGCCUAUUAUAUUCUCCUUCAAGUGGACAUGCUUGGCAUUUGGGUUAGCCAGAGUUUUGGUGCAAUGCCAAUGAUAUUUGCUACAUCAUAUUGCCUUCCACAUACUAUUAGAUCGUUUUUAAUAACGUCGUAUUGCCUUUUGAGUAUUUGGGGUUUAUAUAAGGCACUAACAGCCUGGUCUCCUUGGGAGAGAAGAUUGUGCUUCCUUUUACCUUUUAUAAUGCGUAUUUUACUUUGGUGUUUGAGGGUCACUUCAUUUGGUGGAGGUGAUCCAGCUGCGUUUACUCACGUCAUAUUACAGGAUGUAGUUUCUAUAGCCGGAGGGGCCAUAGGAGCCCUGCACAUUCCAGAGAAGUGGUUUCCUGGAUGCGUAGACAUGUACCUGAAUUCGCAUAAUAUUAUGCAUAUUAUGGUUGUCGCUGCCGUCUAUUUCAUGCAUACAGCUACCAUGAGAGACCUGAAUUGGAUGUCUCGAGUAGACUGCAGUGCAGCCCUUUGAUAGACGUAGCAAAAUUAAAUUUAAUUAGGUACAAGUGCAAUAAAAUCAUACGGCCAUGUAGAUAUCAAUUGAUGAGGUGAUUGGUACUGUUAUUUAUUAAUUUGUUGAAAACAUACCUAUUGUGUAUAUAUUUAUAAAACAAAUGAUGAUUUGUGCAAUUUACCAAAAACCUAAAUGUAGUCAUGUAAUGUACUUUCAAGCGUCCAUGCUUCCGUUAUAGAGAGCACAAUUGAAAAAGAUUUCUUCCACGUGUGUACCAUACCUACAUAUACUUACAAAACGUAACAGUAGUUUUUGCAACUUGGCUAACAAUAUUCCAAUUUUUAGAGCAGUAUUUUAGAAGAUUUUAUAGACCGCACUAUAUCGUUAAUCAAAGUUUUCCAUUUCAACUUUUAGUUGUUUUGAUGGAACGAUCUUGAGGCAAAAAAGCCAAUAGCAGAUACCUACUGACACAAAUUAAUAUUCCUUCAGUUCAGUACAAAUGUCUAGGAAUAUUUUAAUUUAUGAUAACAAAGCAGAAAAAUUAAACUUUUAAUGCAAAACCAAAAUAUCCUUUCUAAUUUUAAGAAACAAAAUAAUUACAAUUUCAAAUUUAUGUUAAAAACAUCACAGAUAAAUUUAAUGAUUCCCAAGUUGAGUCAUAUUUUUAUGUAAAAUUCAUUAAAAUAAAAAUUCUUUCAAAUACAAUUUUUCAAAAAACCUACAAAUUAAAAACUGACCUUUAUAUUUUCGAAAACAACAUUUAUCUGCCUUGAAUGUAAGAAAAAUGUUCAAGAUGGCCGUCAACUUAAUUCAUAUAAUGUUGGACGCGACAUAAAAAAGACUAUGCACGUGUGUAAAGGUUUUUACCUAAUUGGAGCAGGCAAUAAGUUUAUCAUUAAAUUCCAUAAAGAAAUUAAAGGGUUAGGAUCUGGUGACAUGGCUGGCCAUGUCUUCCACGAUCUCCUACUUACUAGGGAAUGUAAUAUAAGUAUAAUUAAUUCCAUUUCAGGUAAAUCUAUCCUCAUUCAUAACCAAAUUGUUAAUAUUUAAAUUUUGAUUCAUCCUAUAUUGCUGUAAGAACCACCCUCAAAGCUGUACUCUGUUGGGGUGGUCUUGUAGCUGUAAGGUUUAAACUCAUUGCUUUUUUUUUUUGGUUCAGUUCAACUUACCGAGUAAGUAUUUGUUGGAUUUUCGUCAACAAGAAUGAAAAUUUGUUCCUCCCGUUGCAUGUUUUCCUUUACUCUGGUUAAAAUCCACGACAGAACUGACACAAGACCAAGAAAAGAAAGUAAAAACAUUCUCAAAAAAGAGAUAAACAUUAGGCUUCUGUAUAGUUUGUUUUGAACAUGCAAAUGAUCGAUUUACUUGCUUAUACAGGGUGGUCCGAAUUUUAUGCAGGAAA